AUGGUCGCUUGGACAGCAGAAAACUGUCAAAGGCUCCUUGCCGCACUAGUGGGCGCCCACCCGGAACUAAAACUUGUCCGCAAUCCCCUUUCUUCUCGUUGAAUUUGGGGAGAUCCCGCUAAAAUUGAGGAAAGGACUACAACCAGAUAGCGGUUCUCUUCGGUCAAGGAGCUACCUACGAUAGCAUUGUCCACCGUUUCCGCCACAUCAGGGCAGAUGCGAAGGCUCUCCGUGCACAUGUCAAGCCGGGCGCUCGUCCACCAAGUCCACCUCGCAAGCGAAAGUCUGGCGCUCCAAGUACCCCGAGGAAAGUAGCAGAGCCCUCUAUAAAUGCCUAUGCAGGGACAGCAGAUAUUGAGAGGGAAGGAAUGAGUGAUAACUACUGA